AUGUUCAAACACCUCGGCCUUCGAGCACUAAGGGGGGCUACUCCCAUUUGUAGAGCUAGCCUCGCUCACCCCAAACUCACCGCAUCACACCAUAUCGAUAGUGUGGGAGUGCCAUAUUCCGGGAUCCUCCGUUGCCACGCAAUCAUUCGAUGUUUCUCUUCCGCCCAGGUUGAUCGACGGGACGAUUUCAGAGGAAGGCACCAGCAAGAUUCUAAGGGAGGCGGGAGAACCGGUGCUGGUAGCACCGGCAGAGAUUCCAUGGAUUAUGAUGUGUUGAUCACAGAUGUGAAUCACGAGACCCUGAAAACAGCAAUUGCUAAGCAAUUGGGUGUCCCAUAUUUGUCGGAGGCUACGGAGGCUGAUGCCAGAGAAGUGGUUUGCGCAUGCACUGGUUUUUUCUAUGGACAAAAGUUCAGACCUAUAGUGCCGUUUGCUGUGGGCCUGAAAGGGGAGGCUCGUUGGGUUUAUUUUGUCUUGGACGGCUGUUCUCCGUUAACAUAUCUUUCUGCUCAGGUAAGUGUAGGUAUGAGGUAUGAGGAAGGGAGCCCCAUCUGACUAACAAGCUUAGACGAGCAAACUUCUUAAUAUCAGGGAAGGACAUCCAACACUUGUCACGAUCGGUGGGCACUCUAAGGAGGUUCGCAUGUCGCCCCCCAACUCUCGAUUUAGCGAUAUCAAUAUUCUUGGUGCCGACUUUUGUUUCCUGCAUAAUGUCAGCUUAAUGUAUGACUACCGGAACCUCAAAGUAAAGAUGGUGUUUGGUGGAACUUGGGACCUUUUGAUAAGGUCUAGACGGUAGUGGAUUUUCGGCUGGCGUGAGGGGCGACAAUGGGGGGGGCAUGCGGACACCAUAGGGGAAGUAUAUCCCUUUUUUCGGAUUUGUAUCCAACUACAGCGCUACUGGGGGGAAGUACUGGGGGAAGUACUUUUUCCUUUGUCCUGGGCCCCUCUUUUGUUAUAUUUGUGAUGUACAGUAAUGUAUAUAGGGCGACUGUCUGGACACUGGUAUACUUGCUCUUAUUCAGGAACAGAGAAGAGAGCAACAAAAGAACGAACAACGAUUGAGGUUCUACUAAGGAGUGAGUAAAGGAAUAACUCCUUAGUGUGAUGAUUCAGCUAAAAUCUAGGGGAAACUGGAGGGCGUUUCGCAGACAGAGUUUGGGGUAUGGGGGUACGCACGGGAGAAAAGGUGGGGAAAGAAAUAAAUGGUAAAAAGGUCUCCGCUAUCCAUUAUCUCUAGGAACACUAAUUGGAAUCCAGUACACAUAAUCCGUAUCCAUUCAAAAUCGGUCUCAUCACCAGUGCCCGGAACUUGUGCUGUGGAAUUUCAACGGGCGUAUGAUAUCUCUUAACACUAAAUGAGGAUGGUAGGAACUGUGGAGGGAUAGGUCAAGCUAUAGCAUGUCCGGGCGGGAUUAUUUUCAAUUAGGGAGACACAUGAGGGAAGGGAAAGAGGCCAGUCCCCAGGGACAGGGCGAUUGAUCUGGCGUAGCAGUUCUCCAGUGUUCUAGAAGCGACACGUCCCCAUGUAUGAUGGCUGCCACAAAUUGAGAAUGGUGAGGGGGACCCAAGAUCAGUAGCUAUUGUUGGUUGACGAUGAGAUAACCUCUUACCAGGGCAACUAGACAUCCUUAACCCAGCCUGGUUGCAAAACCAGCCUUUGACUUUUAUUCAGAACAGCUCUGUAGCAUUGUGAAGGGUUUCACCAAACUUUGCGGUACCCUCGUGAUGCAUACGGGCGGCUCCAUCGUCUAAGUUAUUAACAAAUGGUAUUACGGAAGAUUAUACCGAUGCUUGUUAACGAGAGAAGCUGAGUCUAGGAAAAGGAAAAUUGAUCUUGGAAUCCCUUGAGGAGGGGGGCAACCAAAAAUCCUUCCUCGUGGGAUUCUUGGAAGGGCACCUGGUAGGGCGUAAGUUAAGCGACUCUUCUGUUCUCAUGGUUCUGGCGUUUUGAGUUUUGAGUUUUGAGUUUUUUUCGAAGAAAAAAAAAAGUCGAGAGUAUCCUAGAAAAUCUGCUUUUUAGGUGUAAUUUUUAUUGCAGGGUUAGUCUGAUUAAUAUCCCCUCUAAUUCUCAGGUCAUUAGGGUAAACAAACACUUAUCAUAGGCCCUGUUUGGCUCGCGGUUGAUUGAGCCGUUUGUUGGUUCAAAAUGCGUUUUGGGUUGAUAGGGAGAGUUACGGAAUUGAGUUGAUAGGUGUUAAAGCAUGCUUUCGGGCAUGUUAAGAAAUUUAUCUAACCGGAUAAGGAGCUCCAAAAGAAAUUUGCCUU